AAUAAUAAAGGGUAAUUCUUUGACCCUUUAUGUUUCGUAUAAAUAUUACGGAAAGAAAUUGGAGUUUUGAGCGAGAGAUCAAAAGAGUCGAAGAAUUCGGAAGCCCCAAAAACCUCAAACUGCAGGCUGCCAAAACCCUAGAUUCGAUCCGCCAUGGGCUUCGCUACUGAACGUGAGAACUUCGUCUAUCUUGCCAAGCUCGCUGAGCAGGCAGAGCGAUACGAUGAGAUGGUCGAUGCAAUGAAGAAGGUAGCAAAUCUUGAUGUUGAAUUGACAGUUGAAGAGAGAAACUUACUUUCUGUUGGGUACAAGAAUGUUGUUGGUGCUCGUCGGGCAUCAUGGAGGAUCCUAUCAUCAAUAGAGCAGAAAGAGGAAUCAAGAGGAAAUGAGAGUCAUGUGAAGCAACUCAAGGAGUAUAGACAGAAGGUUGAAUCAGAGCUCUCAACCAUUUGUAUUGAUAUCAUGGCAGUGAUCGAUGAGCAUCUCAUUCCUUCAGCUACAGUUGGUGAAUCAACUGUUUUCUAUUAUAAGAUGAAAGGAGAUUAUUAUAGGUACCUUGCAGAAUUCAAGAGUGGUGACGACAAAACUGAGGCUGCUGAACAGUCAAAGAAAGCGUACGAGACUGCCACCACCACUGCUGAGGCCGAGUUGCCUUCUACACAUCCCAUCCGUUUGGGUCUGGCUCUGAAUUUCUCAGUCUUCUAUUAUGAGAUCAUGAAUUCUCCAGAAAGGGCUUGCCACCUUGCAAAGACAGCUUUUGAUGAAGCUAUUGCUGAGCUUGACUCUUUGAAUGAGGAGUCAUACAAAGAUAGCACCUUAAUCAUGCAGCUUCUAAGGGACAACCUCACGUUGUGGACUUCUGACCUUCCAGAAGAUGGAGAAGAUUCCCAAAAGGUGAAUGGCAAUGCCAAGAUUGGCGGGCUGGAAGAGGCAACCUGAUGCAGGUGGCAUCUUAGGAUACGCCGCGUAUUAUGGAUCAGGGAUGGACCUGAGUCUCGUUUCCUUCGGUGUUGGACAAAAUUCAGGCGUUCAUUGUUUACCAUGUUAUUCUGUAGUCAUUUCUUUCCUUUUUCCCGCCCUGUCAAGUUGAGUCCAUGUUAUGUGGUGUGGUUUAUAAUAUCAUUGUAUCCGGGCAUGGUUCGAUCUGCUUUGCACUAGCUUUUCAUACUUGGUUACGUUGAAUGGAGCACAGAGGAUUAACCAAUUGCUUAGGGUGAUUUUCGUGUUUUAGCGAAAAUGACGUAGCCCAGAUGGAUGAUUUUAUACUCGUGUGUUGUUUGUUUAACUGUUGCUAUAAACCUUUAUGUAUGGUGUUAAUCUA